UGCCUUUGCCUCGGCUUCUGCUCUGCUCUGCUCUUUACCUCUGCUCUGCUUCUUCUGCUCUGCUCCGUCCCUCUGCCACUGCCUGCCACUGCCUGUCCCCACCCUCCUUCCUGCCCUCGCACCUAACCUACCGCCAUCAUCUCCCUCCUUCUCUCAUACCUCCACUCCCAUUCCGCCUCCCUCCAUCGACUCUCCUCAACAGAUUGAACCGACAUCAUCAUCAUGGCCAUGUCCAACUCACCCAUCACUCAGGUCUCAGAGUCGCCCAUCACCCAGGUCUCGCAGUCGCAGUAUUCCUCUGCACCGCCCUCGCCCGGCCAGGGAGGGUUCCCCUCGAAGCUGUUGCUUGACCUUCGUGGGACCAGGUUUGAGAUUGACAGGGAGGUCCUCGUCAGCCUACCAGAGAGCAUCCUCAUCGUCAUGUUCCCUAACGGUCUCAUCCUCGGACGCGGCCACUCUGACUCCUAUGACGACGACGACAACAACUCGGACGAGUCACUCUCCUUGGAUGACCAGAUCAUCUAUGUCGACUUUGACCCAGCCUGCAUGGACUACGUCCUCGACUUUUAUCACGAGGCCCAGAUGGCCGGGGAGGCCCAACGACUUGCCAAUCCAACCAUCCCACACAACCUCUCUUCCCAGAACCCGCUCCUGAAUAAGCAGGCGAUCAUUGUCCUACGAGAGGAACUCGACUACUUUGCGGUUAUUCCACCAAAGUCCGGUUUCCCUGCCAAGGAGGACAUGCCUGCAACGGGACCGGUCUCUGCAGAUCCAAGCAAGGUCAAUGUCAAGACACUAUGUGGGACUCAUCUGCUGGAGCAGCGAAAGAUCUUCACGGCACUCCAGCGCAAUAUCAACAAGGAGAACAAUGUUGCGGAGCAGCAUCUGAUCGACAUGCUCUGCGUCUCGGGCUUCUCGCGGGACGAUGAGUGGGGUUAUCGUGAUAUCGAGCCCAAGAAGACCUCGAUUGUCAGUAUCGCGCUCGUCAUGCUCAAGACCACAGGAAGUGGCAACCAGAUGGCAACCGCUCAAAAGCUGUUGCUCUUCUGGAGAAAACCAGCGAGAAAAUGCUGGUGGGAUGGUGUCGAGGUUGAAUUGGAUCAGGAAGAGCAUAAGCUGCCCAUCCGCCUGUGGGCCAGACGGACAUGGACACUGGAACUUGUGCUCGUCUAAGAAGGGCCUACCCAGCACAACACAGACGGAAUCAAAGAUAACGGAAGGACUUGUUUGACAGGAACCGCAACAGAAAGGACCUCAGCGUAAUUUCACAGACUUGCAAUGGAUGGACGGGUUCAUGUUUGGGAGGAAUGAAAGGAGUUCAGGAAACGGAGGGGCGCAACCAGUGUGAACGAACCAACAGGCGCGGGAUGACCGCACUGUUAUUU